CAGCUCUUCGCCUCUGGACCCGGGCGGUCACUACCUGAUGGUGUUGGAGCCCAAUGCGCUGGAAGACUUCGCUCAGCUGGGGUCUUUCACGAGCUACGUGGUCUUCACUGUCUGCACUGUUCAGUUCGAGCGGCCGAGUACUACCCUGCUCCGCAUCGUCGCGCCAGACCCGCUCGCACCGACGUCGAGGCUGGAGCGAAGUGCCUUCACCUCGACGAUGACGACGACCACCAUCACCCAUACGAGCACGACGACCGCAACGUUCACAACCGAUAGCUCCACGGCAACCAGCAGCUCCACCGUGACGAGCAGCUCCACUACCCUGUCGACAACAUCGUCCAGCACGUCGCAGACGAGCACCACGACUUUGUCCACUUCUACCUACACGGCUUCCACGUCGGGCACCUUCACGACAUCCAGCGUGACCAGCACCUCGAUGACCAGCACCUCGAUGACCAGCACUGCCACGAAGACGACGAUCACGCAGACAAGCGUGCCGGGGUGCUUCGACUCCUCGCCCAUCGGGGGCGUCGACCUGAACGGAUACGACUGCGAGGUGCUGGAGGGGCCCUUCGUCGACGAGUCCAUCUUCUGCGGGCACGAGUUCGACGACACGGACUUCACCGCGCUGGACAUGUGCUGCAUCUGUGGCGGCGGGGGCAAGCAGACGUACACGGCAACAACGUCAACGCGCACCUCGGUAUCAGUUACUACAACGACUCGCACUACGGGCACCCACACGACAACCCUCACCGCGACAACAGGCACUGGCUCGACCACGGAAAGCACGACGUCCGCCACGACUUCGACGAGCACAACUGGGAGCUCCAGCACGACUUUGACGAGCACCACUUCUGCGACAACCUUCACAAUGACUUCCAGCACGUCGAUAACGACUGGAACGAAGACAAGUAUCACCACCGCGACGAGCACGUCCGAGACAAGCACUGUUACUUUCCUGACGUGCGAGGGCAAAACACCUGUCAAAGAAUGGAUCCCAAGGACCUUCAGCGUGGUCCUCGACGCAGGCGCGAUCACGGACGUCACUGGCAAUGGCAACAGCGCGGUGGCCUCGUACACCUUCUCGCACGACAACGUCCCGCCCUCGUUCCUACCAGCCUCCUCGCACCCACUCCCGGGGAGCGCCGAGCAGGCGACCGCUCUGGAGAGCUUGCUUCUCUACUUCAGCGAGGACGUGGCGGCGGGCGCGGGGUGCAUCGAGAUCUGGGAGGAGGGCAACGCGAUCGGCCCGGCCUUCCUGAUCGACGUGGUCGACGUCGACAAGGUCUCCAUCAAUUCGGCGUUGUCUUUCCUGCGGGACGCGCGUGUCGUCGUGACGCCGAAGGCCCUGUGCUCCACGAGCUCGACCUGCGAGGACCUGGCCGUCGGGACGACGUACUACCUGGCCACGAGCAACCCUGGAGUACUCAUGGACGCCGAGUUCAACCAGCUGCCGCAGCUGAACACCAGUGGGCUCUGGGCGUUCACGGUCGGCAGCGGAGCGGACGCGCCGCCGCCAGAGGUGGUCUUCGUGGCCGGGAGCGACGCGAGCGGUGGCGUGUUGACCGGCUACUUGCAGUUCAGCCGGCGCGUGUGGGCCAACCCCAGCGGUGGGAAUCUGACCAUCACCGAUUGCGGGGGCGACCUCGACUGCCUCGCCGAGGGCGACAACUUCCUCGCCGCCGAGGUGGCCCCGGAGAGCUGCGUGUACGGAGACGGGUCCACGCCACAGCUCAGCUACGGCAUCGUGAAGUUCGUGGUCUCGGUGCCGACGGAUGGCCGGCGGUACCUCGUCAGGGUGGGCGCGAACAUGGUACAGGACGACCCCGGCGCAGACCGCCUUGACGUGCAAAGGUUUGGCCCGCAUGGGUACUACGAGUACGAGGUGGACGCGGGCCUCGAUCCGGGCCCCGCCUUGGACGCGGCCGCCUCCCACCCCGCGCACGGCGACAGCGACGUGGCGACGACCGAGAACGUUAUCCUCGCCUUCAACCAGGCGGUGCGCUUCGGCCGCAACGGCACGCUCGAGCUCUGGGACGCAGCAGACAGCUCCGGGGCAAAGCUCGUGGUCAACGUCCUAGACCUUGCGGCGUCUGACGCCAGCCGCAGCUUCAUCUCUGGCAGGCACGUUCACAUCACGCCGAGGACGCUCUGCCCAGCAGCACCUAAUUGCCCAGAUCUUGAGGCUGGCGUGACCUACUACUUGCGGACCUCUGUGUCGGGUGUGCUGCUGGACGACCAGGAUCGUGAGUUACCAGUGCUGAACACAUACGAGAAUUGGUCUUUCACAACAGCAUCUUCGGCAUCGUCAGACUUAACGCCACCCGAGGUGGCAUAUUUUGGUGGAUACACGGAAUCUACAUCUACCUUCGUGGGCUACGUGUAUUUUACAGAUGGGCUUGCCUCGCUCACCGACGACUUAAAAUUCAUGGACUGCGGUGCGGACCAUGAUUGUGAGACAUGGGCGGACAACCGGUACGUGGAGCUCGAUGCAAGCACGCUUAACGCUUCUAUCAGCGGUGGCUUGUGGGAGAGCGGCCUUCUGAGCUAUUCCGUUGAGCUGCCGACCAUCAACCGAAGAUACCAGGUCAUUAUUCCUGAGGGAGCUGUCUCUGAUAUCAGCGGCAACGCUGGGCCCACCGAAAACUACACUUUCACGUUGGUUCACGGCAGCCUGCAGGCGGGCACACCCGUGUUGAGAGUCGCUGGCUUCUUGUCCACGGUGUGCGACGUCGGCUUCGCGGACGCCUUGGGUAGGGUGUCUGCCUCUAUGGGCGGCCGCACCGACUCAGUGGAGCUGGAGAUCGACGACCUCGGGAGGCUUUGGACAAUGCUGGUUGACGCCAGCAUGCUCACGGCUGGGAUCUACUACCGAGUCUGUGUCGACCUCGACGGGUCGUCCGCGGAGCUGAGCUACGGUGAUGCGGGGCUCCAGGUCCUCGUGACGGGGGUGUCCAAGGCACCCUACACUAUUCGGAACUUCGCCGACCAGGUGCUCGCCAUCGAGUGCGCCAGCGGCUGCUCCACCGCCUCCCUUGGCUACCUGGGCAUCGACUGCGAGAGCUCGGUGCGCGACGGUGCCCUCCAGGGCCGGCCGCCCCACAACUCCCCGCCGGCCCACCUGGCGCAGGUCGGCGGCACCGCCUGGGCCCUGCCCGUGAACGCCACCGACUUCGCGCUCGGCGCGCGGUACCGGCUCUGCCUGGACGUGGACGGGACCGCCGACGCCACGGGGUUCGCCGACACGGGCCUCACCGUCUUCAGCACCUUUGUCACCGAGGGCGACCCCUUCGGCCAGGCCGUCGGCCGCGCCGCCUACCAGGAGGUCCGGCUCCGGUGCGUGUCGGGGUACUGCUCGGAGGACUCGGUGGCGCACCUGGCGGCCGAGGAGUGCGCCUCCGCGGCGACGGAGGCCGCGCCCCUGGAGCUGUCCCUGGACGCGCAGGACGCGCACUCCAGCCGGGAGACCUGGAGCUUCCGGCCCGCGGCGCACACCGGCGUGGCGGUCUUCGUGAGCCCCUUCGCGGCGGCGGGCGCGCCCAGCGCGGGCGCCGCGGCGGGCGUGCAGGGGCGCGUGCCGCGGGGCGCGGCCGUGCGCCCCGCGGGGCAGUUUCGCCUGACGCUCGCGUGCGACACGGGCGAGGGGGCCCCGGAGCUCGACCUGGGCAGGUCGAGGCCCGCCCCCGGCCACCACGUCCUCCCGGGCGAGAGCGUCGUGCUGGCCUUCGACGUCGACGUGUUUGCGGGGGUGGGGCUGUUCGAGCUGUGGAGGGCGCACGCCAACGGCACGUCGGCGCUGGUGCUCGAGGUGGACGUGGCCACCCUGAGCACUGUGGGCAACGAGAGUGGCAGCCUCAUCCGCGGCGGCAGCGUGGCCUUCACCCCAGAGGUGCUCUGCCCCAACUCGUCGGCCGGCAGCGCCGGCUGCCUCGAGCCGGGCGCCGCCUACCAGCUCGCGGCCAGGCGGCAGGGCGUGCUCCGCGGCGGCGGCGGCCUCGCCGUGGGCCCGCUGGCCUUCGCGUUCCUUGCCGCGGGCCCCGCGGAGCGGGACCUCAGGGCGCCCUCGGUGGUGCUCGUCAGCAGUACCUCGGUCGAAGACGCAGUGGUGAUGCGUGAGCAUCCUCUUCAGCGAGCCGGUCGCCGCGGUGGUUGGAGCCGCCACGGUCACCGACUGCGGACCUGGACUGCAGUCGCGCCUGCGACAACGAAGUGGUUGCCGCGUCGGCCGCUUUCGGGGACGCCGACGGCCUGGGUUCCUUGGGCAUGCUCCGCGUGGCCGCGGCAUCGCCGAGCGGCGCUGCGGACAGGCGGUACCGCAUUGUCUUGCCCACCGGGAUGCUCCUGGACGCUGCAGGCAACGCGGGGCCGCUCUGGGACCUGUCCUUCGAGGUCGUCGCCGGAGCCGUUCCGCCUGCUGGUCCAGACCUGA